UGAUUUCCAAUUCCCUCUCACAUUUUGUCAAAAACAAAUCCAUCUUGCCCUAAAACCUUUCCCCUUCUUUUUGUUAACAAAAACAAAGCGUAUGGAUAUGGGGUUGCCGGUUGUUUGACAUUAUCACUUCCUAGUUCUCGAUCGUGUCCCCUACUGAGAUUUAGGGUUUACCCAUCAUCAUCAACACUCUCUUUUCAAUUGAUUUUUUCUGACGCAUCUCUCAAUUCAUCACCAAAUUCUACAUUGUGGGAAAAUUGCAAAAUGUUUGUCUAUUCAACUGUAAUCAAAUCUUCAACAGAAAAUUUAUUCAAUGACCUGGAUUUGGAUUUAAUUGUCAUCCAAACUGAGAAUCUCAAUUCCAAAUAUGGAAGCUGUGUUUGGUUGCUUUUGAUGAACUUAUUCAGCACUCAUGAUGACACUCAAAAGGUUGCUUCUCAAGAUGUUUAUUCUUUGCAUAAAACUUCAACAAGAGAUCAUGUGAAACGUGUAGCGUUAAGGGAUUUCAAUGCUAGAAGUGCUGAAGUUCUAUGUGAGGAAUCGAGAGAUGGACGAACAUAUAGCAGAGGAGAAAUGGAUGCAGUUUCUUGUAAAAAGUCUGACAGGUCUUUUGUCAAUGAAAAUGCAUAAUAAACAACCAGGGAUUGGAAUCACCCGCUGAUGGUAGACGUUCAUCUGAGUCUAGCUACCGUAUUGCAAAUAAUGGAUCAGCAAGAACAAAUUAGACUUUGCUAUGAAUUAAUUAGAUUAUGAACUUUCUUAUAUAUUUUUGGCAUAAUGUUACUUAUUAUUAUAAGAUUAGGAUUUUAUAUAUUUUCGAUUUUUUGUACUACAUGACAUGAUUAUGGAACUCACAUUUUUUGAUACUAUGAUGCUUAUUUUAUAUUAAAUAUUUUUG